AUGGCCCACAUCGAUGCGGGUAAGACGACGACGACGGAACGCGUGUUGUACUACACCGGUCGCUCGCACAAAAUCGGCGAAGUGCACGAAGGCGCGGCGACGAUGGACUGGAUGGAACAAGAACAAGAGCGCGGUAUCACGAUUACGUCCGCCGCGACCACGUGCGCGUGGAACGAUCACCGUAUCAACAUCAUCGAUACCCCUGGUCACGUCGAUUUCACGUUGGAAGUUGAACGCGCGCUUCGCGUGCUCGACGGCGCCAUUUGCCUCUUCGACUCCGUCGCCGGUGUCGAACCGCAAUCCGAAACCGUCUGGCGCCAAGCCGACAAGUACCACGUUCCACGUUUGUGCUUCGUGAACAAGAUGGAUCGCAUGGGUGCCAACUACUUCCGCACCAUCGACAUGAUUGUCAAGAACCUCGGCGCGCGUCCGUGCCCGCUCCAAAUCCCGAUCGGCGCCGAAGAAGACUUCGCCGGCGUCGUCGAUCUCAUCACCAUGAAGGCGCUCGUCUGGAAGGGUGAAGAGCUCGGCGCGUCUUGGGACGUUGUCGAAAUUCCGGACGACCUCAAGGAGAAGGCUGAAGAGAUGCGCGCCAACAUGAUUGAAAUGGCCGUCGAGCAAGACGACGACGUCAUGGAAAAGUACCUCGAAGGUGAAGAACCGACCGAGGAAGAGAUUGUCAAGUGCAUCCGUAAGGGCACGUGCUCUCUCUCCUUCGUCCCGGUGUUGUGCGGCUCCGCGUUCAAGAACAAGGGUGUCCAACCGAUGCUCGACGCCGUCCUCGCGUACUUGCCGGCGCCGACGGAUGUCCCGGAUGUCCAAGGUACCGACGUCGAUGACGCCGAAAAGAAGCUCACCCGCAAGGCGGAUGACGAUGAAGCGCUCUCUGCGUUGGCGUUCAAGGUCAUGACUGAUCCGUUCGUCGGUUCGCUCACCUUCACCCGCGUGUACUCUGGCAUCAUCGAAUCCGGCUCUUACGCGUACAACUCCGUCAAGGGUAAGAAGGAACGCAUCGGUCGCCUCCUCGAGAUGCACGCGAACGAGCGUGAGGACGUCAAAGUGGCGCGCACUGGUGACAUCGUCGCCAUCGCUGGUCUCAAGGACACCACCACCGGUGACACGUUGUGCGACCAAGGAAAGCAAAUUAUCCUCGAACGCAUGGAGUUCCCCGAUCCCGUUAUCAAGGUUGCCAUCGAGCCGAAGACCAAGGCUGACGUCGAAAAGAUGUCCACCGGUUUGAUCAAGCUCGCGCAGGAAGAUCCGUCUUUCCACUUCACGCGUGACGAAGAAACCAACCAAACCGUCAUCGAAGGUAUGGGUGAGCUUCACCUCGACAUCAUCGUCGAUCGCCUCAAGCGCGAAUUCAAGGUUGAAGCCAACGUCGGCGCGCCGCAAGUCAACUACCGUGAAUCUAUCUCCAAGCCGGGUGAAGUCAAGUACACGCACAAGAAGCAGUCUGGUGGUUCCGGUCAAUACGCCGAGGUUAAAAUCAAGUUUGAACCGCUCGAACCGGGUUCCGGUUUCGAGUUCACCACCGACAUCAAGGGUGGCACCGUGCCGAAGGAAUACAUUCCGGGCGUCGCGAGCGGUUUGGAACAAAUGAUGGGCUCUGGUAUCAUCGCCGGUUUCCCUGUCGUGGACUUGCGCGCCACCUUGUUCGAUGGUUCUUACCACGACGUCGAUUCCUCCGUCAUGGCUUUCGAAAUCGCCGCCAAGGGCGCGUUCAGAGAAGGCAUCUCCAAGUGCGCCCCGAAGCUUUUGGAGCCCGUCAUGGAGGUUGAUGUCAUCACCCCGGAAGAAUCCAUGGGUGACGUUAUCGGUGACUUGAACUCUCGUCGUGGUGCCGUCAACGAGCUCGGCGACAAGCCGGGUGGCAUGAAGACGGUCAAGGCGUUCGUGCCGCUCGCGGAAAUGUUCAACUACGUCUCCAAGUUGCGCGGCAUGACCAAGGGUCGCGCCAACUACUCCAUGAAGCUUGCGCGCUACGAGCCCGUCCCCAUGGCCAUUCAAACGGAGCUUGCCGCGAGUAGAAAGGAAAAAGAAGCGAAGUAA